CGCGUCGGGACCAGCUCCCCUCCCGCGGUCCCAAACGCCCGGCGGAGCCGGCUGGGCCGGCGUGGGGGCGGGGUAGGGAGGUGAUGGAGACGUGUUGGAAGAUGCGGAGGGCUGGACGCAGCAGUAGGGGAAGCAAAGAGGCGGUGGGGGUGGGGGCCGCAAUGGACAGCCGAGCCACCUCCCCGACAGAGGGCCAACGAAGGGACGGAAAGAACUGCCCCCGAAACCUCCAGAGCAAUUACUUUGACUCCCAGGCAAUGGGGAAAAUAAGUGCCAGGUGCAAACGAGGAGCCACCUCCUGGGUGCAAGGAAGUCAAGAAAUUCUGCCCUCGAUCAGUACUUGGACAAAUUUGCUGGAGACAAGCUCAGACUUCUUAUGAGAAGCCAGGCUUCCUCUUCUCCACGUGACUUCCUGGCUGUUAGGAAAGGAGACUAUGCUUUCAGGUUUUCUGAGAUGGUAAUUUGAAGAGCUAGGUUUUCCAAUAUGAAUAAAGUAAAAACAACAUCUGAGAAAAGUCUCGCUAGCAAUUCUCGGAUUGUGGUGCUGCUAACACAACUGGAGAAGAUCAACUCAGAAUCCUUGUUAGUAGAAGCAGACACUGCCAGAUAUGUUACCUCAAAGAUCCUUCAUCUGGCUCAGAGUCAAGAAAAAACCAGGAAGGAAAUGACUGCCAAAGGUUCCACAGGAGUAGAAGUUAUCCUCUCCACUUUAGAGAAUACCAGAGAUCUUCAGACUACUCUAAACAUAUUAAGUAUUCUCAUUGAGUUAGUAUCUGUUGGUGGUGGUCGCAGAGCUUGCAUUUUAGUUUCUAAAGGGGGGACACAGAUCUUGUUGCAGUUGCUUUUGGGUGCCAGCAAAGACUCUCCACCAAAUGAGGAAUUAAUGGUGCAACUUCAUUCCCUUCUUGCAAAAAUUGGUCCAAAAGGUAAUCACAGUAGAGAUAAAAAGUUUGGAGUUAAAGCCAGAAUUAAUGGAGCCUUAAACAUAUCAUUGAAUUUGGUGAAACAGAAUUUGCAGAACCAUAGGUUAAUACUGCCAUGUCUCCAAGUACUACGGGUUUACUCUACCAACUCUGUAAAUGCAGUAUCCUUGGGGAAAAAUGGAGUUGUGGAACUGAUGUUUAAGAUCAUUGGCCCUUUUAGUAAAAAGAACACUGGCCUUAUGAAGGUUGCUUUAGACACACUUGCUGCAUUGCUAAAAUCAAAAACAAAUGCCAGGAGAGCGGUCGACAGAGGAUAUGUCCAGGUGCUUUUAACAAUUUAUGUAGAUUGGCACCGCCAUGAUAGUCGACACAGGCACAUGCUAAUCCGAAAAGGAAUCUUACAAUGCAUUAAAAGUGUUACAAAUAUCAAAUUGGGAAGGAAAGCCUUUAUCGAUGCAAAUGGAAUGAAAAUUCUUUACAAUACUUCACAAGAUUGCCUUGCAGUACGUACUCUUGAUCCACUUGUCAACACAUCCAGCCUAAUAAUGAGAAAAUGUUUCCCUAAAAACCGUCUUCCACUACCAACAAUUAAAAGUGCUUUUCAUUUUCAACUCCCAGUUAUUCCUACCAGUGGUCCUGUGGCUCAGCUCUACAGUUUGCCUCCAGAAGUGGAUGACGUAGUAGAUGAAAGUGAUGACAAUGAUGACAUUGAAACAGAAACAGAGACUGAAAAUGAAAAUGAAGAUGACAAGGACCAGCAUUUUAAGAAUGAUGAUAUAGAGACAGAUAUUGAUAAGCUGAAACCAAAGCAAGAAUUGGGACGACCCAUAGAAGAACUAAAAAUAUAUGAACAGUUUUUCCCGGAACUUGCAGAGAACUUUCAGGAAUAUGACCUAGUCUCCAAGGAACCAAAGCCUUUUGCAUCUGCUACAAAUCUAGGUGGACCUAUUGUUGUUCCCACAGCAGGAGAGGAGCACCCUGCAGAAGCGAAUCAGUCAGUAAAAGGAAUUGCUGUGAAGGACCACAGUUCCUUACAAAUGGAGGAAUAUAAUAAGAGACCAUCUUUUCUGGAUCUGCCAAAGAAAGACCAUAACAAAGAUAGUUUACAGCUGCAAAAUGAUCAAAAGAAAUUGCUUUCAUCCUGUCAGUGUCUAAGCCAAGAAAUUGUGAAGGGCUUGGACAGAAUCACUUUGCAGAAUACUUCAAAAAGUGAACAGUAUUACAGUACAGGUUGCCUAAUAAAGAAAGAAAGUAAAACUAGCCUAACCACCCCCGCUUGUAAUAAACCUUGCCAACAUGUUUCAUCUUGUGGAAGUGGCCUGUUUGAGGGACCGUCAGUCCAGCUAGGGAAGCUGUGCUGCACUGGAGUAGAUCCUGAUGAAGAGGAGGAUUCCAGCUCUCAUUCAUCAGGAGAGCAAGUGCUGCUUGAGGUGCCUGAUAUGUUGCCACUCCACAACCCCGAUCUUUAUAUUGAGAUUGUGAAAAACACUAAGUCUGUCCCUGAGUAUUCAGAAGUGGCUUACCCAGAUUACUUUGGGCACAUUCCACCUCCGUUUAAGGAGCCAAUCCUAGAAAGGCCAUAUGGUGUUCAGAGGACAAAAAUCGCUCAAGAUAUAGAAAGACUGAUUCAUCAAAAUGAUAUUGUAGAUAGAGUUAUAUAUGACCUUGACAAUUCCAGUUGUUCAGUGCCAGAAGAAGGAGAUAUCUUGAAGUUUAACUCCAAAUUUGAGUCUGGGAAUCUGCGCAAAGUUAUUCAGAUUAGGAAAAACGAGUAUGAUCUUAUUCUGAACUCCGAUAUAAACAGCAAUCAUUAUCAUCAGUGGUUUUACUUUGAAGUCAGUGGAAUGAAGACAGGAAUUGGUUACCGGUUUAACAUCAUCAAUUGUGAAAAGUCAAAUAGUCAAUUUAAUUAUGGUAUGCAGCCCCUCAUGUACUCUGUUCAGGAGGCAUUAAAUGCCAGGCCGUGGUGGGGUCGUGUUGGAACAGAUAUUUGUUACUACAAGAAUCACUUUUCCAGAAGUUCAAUUGCUGCUGGUGGUCAGAAAGGAAAAUCCUAUUAUACAAUUACAUUCACAGUGAGCUUCCCACAUAAGGAUGAUGUCUGCUACUUUGCUUACCAUUAUCCAUAUACGUAUUCUACAUUAAAAAUGCAUCUUCAGAAAUUGGAAUCCAUGCACAACCCUCAGCAGAUUUAUUUUCGUGAAGAUGUACUCUGCGAGACGCUAGCUGGCAACAGCUGCCCUUUAGUCACUAUAACAGCCAUGCCAGAAUCGAAUUAUUAUGAACAUGUCUGUCAGUUCAGGAAUCGUCCUUAUGUUUUCUUAUCUGCUCGUGUACAUCCUGGAGAAACUAAUGCAAGCUGGGUUAUGAAAGGGACUUUGGAAUAUCUUAUGAGUAGUAGCCCUGCUGCCCAGAGUUUACGAGAAUCCUAUAUUUUUAAAAUUGUCCCUAUGCUCAAUCCAGAUGGUGUCAUCAAUGGAAACCAUCGUUGUUCUUUAAGUGGGGAGGACUUGAACAGGCAGUGGCAAAAUCCAAAUCUAGAUCUUCAUCCCACAAUUUACCAUGCCAAGGGCUUGUUACAGUAUAUGGCUACUAUUAAGCGUUUACCUCUGGUCUUCUGUGAUUAUCAUGGACAUUCUCGCAAAAAGAAUGUAUUUAUGUAUGGCUGCAGCAUCAAAGAGACAAUGUGGCACACUGAUGUUAGUGCUGCAUCUUGUGAUGUGAUUGAAGAUCUUGGUUACAGGGCUCUUCCUAAGAUUCUCAGUCAGACUGCCCCUGCAUUCUGUAUGAGCAGCUGCAGUUUUGUUGUGGAAAAAUCUAAGGAAUCGACAGCACGUGUUGUUGUCUGGAGAGAGAUAGGAGUACAAAGAAGCUACACAAUGGAGAGCACAUUAUGUGGCUGCGAUCAGGGCAAAUAUAAGGGUUUGCAGAUAGGGACACGAGAACUGGAAGAAAUGGGAGCCAAAUUCUGUGUUGGCUUACUGCGUUUAAAAAGAUUGACAUCUCCCCUGGAACACAAUUUGCCAUCUAGCCUCUUGGAUAUCGAAAAUGAGUUGAUUGAGUCAAGCUGUAAAGUAACCAGCCCAACUACAUAUGUUCUGGAUGAAGAUGAGCCUCGCUUCCUUGAAGAAGUUGAUUACAGUGCUGAGAGUAAUGAUGAGCAAGAUGUUGAAUUGGCUGAUAAUGCAGGCGAUUAUGAACCUUCUAUUCAAGAAGAUGCACUUUCUGAUUCAGAAGCCACAAGGACACACCUGCCUUGAGCCAUCUUUGUAGAAACCAAUAAGAAAUUAAAUAUACUGGGUUUUAAUAGAUAGGAAAUGGGGAGGCUCUCAAGAGAGUUGUCUCCAAGAGACAAAGUAAUUGAGGCCCAUUUAGUUGAAAGACAAUAAAUGUUUUUGACUGAUAAAAAUGGCAUUUGUUUUAUUUAAAGAAUUCAGUGGUUUCAUUUAGCACUGGAUAUAUCCAUUUCUUUCCGUUUAUUUUUCAUUUUCUUCCAGAUAUUAUUGCAUGAAGUUUUGUGUCCUGAAACCCUGUAACAAUCAACAAAUGAAUUAUAAUUUGUGGUGUGUCAGAAUACAGAAAGUAUUCUUAAUUCCUGUGGUACAGUUCUUUAGGUUGCUUCCUAAAAAAAAUAACAUGUACAGUUUUAAAAUUGAUUUGUGUGUAUGUUUAAUGCGGUGAAGAGGUUUUUUUCUUCAGAAUUAUGUUAAAUAUAUGAUUGCGUUUUGAAAUAAUGUAGAGCUUGCUUUGAAACCAUUUAAUUCUACUAUUACUAAAUUAAACAAAAAUGAAAAAGUGAUGCAUCAGUUGUUGCACUUGUUUUUUGAUUCUUUAACAUAGAAAGAUAUAUGGUUUUACAGCAGCCUUGAGUUAAAAUUUACUAUAACAUCUGAACUAAUACCUGUUUAACAUGCAAAGUAUUCUUACAGGAUGGUACAGUUUGUCAGUCUGCUGAUCAAAGUUUUUCUAGUGAUUAAUCAUCUUUGCCUACUCUGAAUAUAUUUCCAUAAAACUCUUCCCUGAAACAGCAUUUCAUGAGAGGAGACCAUUUAUCUCUGCAAUCAGUUUAAUAUUAAAGGUUUGUUAAAAAGAAUAACUUACUCGACGAUAAGAAGUGGCAAUAUGUGUAUACUUUAUGUAUAUUUAGCUACCUAUUUGUCAGCAGCUUUUUAAUUUAAUGUACUUAUAGUCAGCAUUCAUUAUUGCUUUAUUCUGGACAUGUUGACCAUAUGCCCAGUUUAUACAUUUUAAGAGGGAACUAGAUGUCCAUUUUAACUUAUGCAUGCACAUGUGAGUCAAACUGCUUUGCUUAAGAACUCAAACUCAGUUUUCCCUCUCCUGUGUUCCUCUUCCUUUCUUGUCUCUUUCUAUUUUGUUUAGAAUAAGUUCUAAUGCAGAAGUGGCAUGGUUCCCAAAUGUUUAUGAGAUGUGCUUUAAUAAUUUUUUUUAAUGAUUCUUUGUUGAAGUGACACAGUUCUGAGUUUUCUUUUCCUUUUUUGAAACUUGAUUGGCAGAUGUGGAAUCUAAAGAUUAAAAGCUGCUUUCCUGUAUUUCAACAGGUCCAUAACUAAAGAGGAAAAUGGAAGCAUUAGAAGUGCAAAUCAAGUUGAUGUGGUGUUAUAUUUGGGGUUUUGCUUUUUGUUUUUCUUAGUACAUGGGUUAAAGAAAUGUAGAGAAGUAGAUAGCUCAAGGGAUUCUCUGUGGAAAGGUGACGCUUUCACCAAGGAAUUGUAAAUCCAGAUUAAGUCUAGGUUGGUAGUGACCAUCUGUACCAUCCUGAUCCUAAAACUGGGGAAGGGACAUAUGAUGGUAUACUUGCACCUCAAAGUUGCAAGGGCUUGUUCUUUUAUGCUUUCCUUUUUCUGUAUAAACAAUCGCCAACUCUGAGAAGUAAGGAUACAACAGCAUCACACCUGUGAAUGGCCAGGUAUGCCAAGUUCCCUUCCCUGUAAAGAAGAAGCCGUAUAAAAAUGAUGCUAACAAUUUUUACUAUUUGGCAUUAAUAGCAAUCUCCAGAAUGCCCAAGGACUGAACUUGCCUAUGGAAGACGAAGUACCCUCUUGCCUUCAGAGGUCAUGCCUUUAGAGUUAGGGUUGGGGGAUGCUGACAUUCAAGUAUAGGAAAUUGAUCCUGCCUAUCUUGUAACUGCUCUGUGCAUGUAUAGGGGCCUUUUUCUUCAAGAUGUUUACUCUAGAGCCUUUCACAGGUAGUAUUCUUUUGUCGUGUUAACAUUUGAAAAUCAGCAACUUUGUGUUAUAUUGGUUAUAUUAAUAUAGGUUUAUGCUAAAACUAAUUAACACCUUCACGCUACACACUGAUAGCAUUGGGAGUGUACCUAUUACAUUAAGAACUCCAUUGUCUCAGUCAUACAGUAUUCUAUUCCAAGUAUGUGUGUGUACGUAUACUCUUUUCCCAAGUUCCAGAGCCAUUAGUCUAGACAGAAAAGAAUUAUGAAUGAGUAUUGAUUAACUAUAUAUCUAGGGGGUUAGUAACAAACAAAUGCUUUCCUUAAAACAAGAAUCUAAAAUAUAAACAACAGGAAUAUAAUUUCAAACUUGGUUUUGUGAAUCUGACUGAACUUUUAACAGUGAAAUUCAGAUAUAAGGUGGAACUCUGCCCUUGAUUUCACCCACUGCGGUUGAGAAUUUUAUAGCCAUGUUUCAUAUGAAGUUCUGUACAGGACUCAAUACCUAGUGCAACAUUUUAAGGAUAGAAUUUUAGCUUUACUUCUGAAUUUCCUUAAUUUUUAUGACUCGACAUUCCUGGAUCAUAUAUGAUUCCUAUAAAUUGAAGCAUGAUGAUCCUCCAUAGAGGAAGAAGCCAUCACUUUCGUUCCCUUAGCAACACUGAGUAAACUUUAGAAAUAUAAGGAUUUGAUUUUUGAUUAUGAUAUCUUUGUUUCUUAAGAUCAACCAUGUUGUAUUGCUAGAAAAGGAAUUUUCUUAUUCCCUACAAGACAUGAAUCAGCACAGAUUUGCUAUUUUAUUCACCAGUGACAUCCUUCUUUGUGUAACAUAAUUUUUGAGCAAAGAUUGCCAUUUGUGCCAAUUUUGUGUGUUAACUUUUGGAUGUGGAAUAUUGUGCAAAGUCUAACAAAUCAAGGAAAAUCAGUUUUCAUCUUAAAUAAGGUUUCAACAAGAUUAAACACAGUUCAAAAAAGCCAAGAAGCCUGGGUUUCAGAUGACUUUUCAUUGUAAUUCUGUAGUGAAUAUAAUUGUGGCAGUGUUUAUUGUGCAUGCCCCAGAUACAAAUAUAUUAUUAAGAAAAUGUAUAAUAAAGGACUGGAUUAUAAUCAA